AUGUCGCACAUCACCACGUUCAGCGAAGACGGCGCCACCAUCAUGACUCCAUACGAGUCGUCGCUCUCUGAUUUCAGCGCCUCCACGAUCGAAUUCACAUCCGACCCGAACCUGACCACGCAGCAGCUUGUGACUAUGAUCACCGGUCUCGGCGAGCGGGCAGACCGACAAGAUGCGAUGAUCACUGCACACGAAGCGCUCAUCGCUGCUCAGAAUGAGCGGCUGGACCAGAAAGAUGCAAGCAUCAUUACCCUCAACGAGCGAGUUGCCCAGCAGGAAGCCAUCACCAGCGACCUCAAAGCUCGUGACGCUCACCGUGAAGAGAAGCUGCAGACGUUGCAAGAGGCUCUGCAGUCCCAGCGCACGUCCGCCUCUGCCCAGAGCUUCUCAGCGCUUCUUGCGAAUGCUUCCGGCGGAAUCGAGACGCUCAAGAAGAAGGCGGAGCUUGCUGCGUCAACCACGGACGAUCUGUUCCUGGCGGCGGAGAAGUUUGAGCGGGAAAUCGCACUCCUCAAGACGCAGACGAUGGUAUUGCAAGCUUCUUCGGACACGGCUGCCACGAAGACGGAUCUCCAGCAAGAAGUGGCCCGACUCGAAGAGCACUUCAAACAUCGUAUCGAUGAAGAGAUCGAAUACCCUCAGAUCGUGAGAGACAAGCUCAGCAUCGAUUUUGCGCAGAUGCAAACGAAGUACUCUGAGCGCAUCGGCGCGCUGAGCACGAAGUUGUCCGCUCUAGAAGGCCAGCAGACACGUACCAGGACGGGGACCGUAGAGAUCGCCGGUCUUCACGCAGGCUGCAUCAGGCAUCUUCACACGGAGAGCACCAAGAUCAAGCAUCAGCUUGACGACCUCACCGCAAAGGCGGUCGAAGGGUCGAAGGAUGUCGCGGAGCUCAAGGAGAAGCACGAGGACCUCAAGGCUGAGACGGCUGUCUAA